AGACUUCUUUUAUUAUUACUGUAUUGAUAGUAAAGUUCUUUUAGACAAGUCAGUAUUCAUUACAUAUUGGUUAGUAAUAAAUAAAUGAUCUUUACACUUUGAGAUUAUUAAAACAAAAUAUGUGACUGAACAUUAAAUCACUUAAAACAAACGGAACUUAUUAUUUUAUAGUAAGGAGAUAAUUGAAUAUAAACAAAUAAAGAAUUCUAACAGAAAUAGACGGUUAUUCCUUGAACUGUUCUAUAACGAUGGAUACUUCAACAAAUGAAAUGAUCAAUAUACUGAAAUAUGAUCAUUUAUUGAUUAUAUCAACAUAUACAAGAACAGUAUUGAUACUUGUUGCGGUACUAAUAGGAGUUAUGUUACUUGUCAUAGUCAUAUCAUGGCAAUUGUAAGCAACUUGUUGAAUAAUAAUAUCAAUCUUUCAGAACACUAUUAAUGACAACGUUCGCUACAUACUACUCCAUUUUUGUCGAUAUACUGCUAGUUAUCGCUUCGGCAAUAGCAUUGUUGAUUGCUUUUGUUAAGAAGAUAUAUGAGAAAUAUCCAUUGAAUGUCGGCCUUGCAAUAAUUUAUUCAAUAUGCGUUGCUACAGCGAUUGGGCUUUGGAAUCUCGACGUAGCUAUUACUAUUCAGCUUGUUGCUUGUGUACUUGAUUUGACAAUCUUUACAUCCGCUUUAUUAAUUGGGGCAUUAAUUGAAACAAGUUUAAUGGAUUCUUUCAAAGUUCUAUUGAUAAUCCUUUCAGUUAUUUCAGCUAUAAUCAUUUCAGCUAUGGUUAUCGUCUAUUUGUUUCAACAAAAUGUAAAGGUAGUGAUAUUUCUGUUCAUAUGUACAGAAAUAUUACUAUUUAUUAUGACAAUAUUUUACAGUCAUUUCACCGUUGGAAAAUCACGAUAUCGAUUAUUUUAUCCAAAUUAUACUUUGGCAGCAUUAUUAUUAUAUAUUAUGUUUUCAACAGCUUUACCAAUCACUGAUGAUCUGGUUUAUACCAUGAGGAAUAAUUGGAAUGUAACAAAUUCAACUGGAUUUUCACUUUAUAAUGAUACAACCUUAUAGUUUCACUUCAUUACAGACUAUAAAACUUGGUUCCAUAUUGAAUGUCUUAAAUAUAUGAUAAUACAUAUUAUUCAAGUGAAGCUAUUGUAUAAGACCAAAGACUUUGAGAAUAAAGAUGAAGAUAUAAUUUGU